GCACCACUUUUUCAUUGAUUAAUACUUCAUGUUUGUCUUAUUUACCAAGUAUUUAACUUUAUUCUCAACAUCUUAACCAAUUUCAUUAUAUUAUAAGUAAAAAAUAGAAGGGACGACAGGGCUGAGUCAAUUUCAAAUUUUUGUUAUCAUUAUUAUUAUUUGAAUUUAAUUAACUCUGCAGUGCAGCCAUGACUUCAGACAGAAAGAUCUAUGUGCUCUACACUGGAGGAACAUUUGGCAUGAAAAAAGACACGAGUGGUAAACUUGUUCCACAGUCUCUGGAAACAAUCAGAGAGUUCUUCAUACAUCACACUGUCCUUUAUGAGAGGAAACCUGGAGAAACUGAGGAAGAGGUUUUACCACGCAUCGUCACCCCAGACGGCUUCAUCGUACUAUAUCACCAGUUGGCUGAUGAUGACCCUAAUACUCCUCCAGAAGGAAAAGAGUGUAAAAUCCUUUAUAAGUUUGAAAGCAUGCCAACGCCGAUUGACUCCUCAAAUGUGACUCCUAAAGACUGGAGUGACAUGGCUAAAAAGAUUCAGAACAACAUGGAAGCGUAUAAUGGAUUUGUUGUUAUCCACGGCACAGACACAAUGGCCUACACCUCCUCCGCUCUGUCCUUCAUUUUGGGGGAGAUUAAGAAGCCUGUGAUCAUUACUGGAGCACAGAUGCCCAUCUUCCAUCCUCGCACUGAUGGUGUGGAUAAUUUUGUUGGUUCCAUGCUGAUGGCUGGGUACUUUUCUGACACACCGAGUCUGCAGCAGGUGAUGCUUUAUGAUAUGAACAAACUGUUUCAAGGGAACCGAGUGGUGAAGUUUGACUGUGAUUCUUUUAGUGUGUUUGACAGUCCUGAUGUGUAUCCUCUGGCUAGUCUGGAAACCACAAUCAAGUUGAUUACUUCAAAAAUUGAACUGAAAAAAAUGGAGCCCAAAACUACCUGCACUGUGAAGAGAAUGUUCACAUUUGAUGGCAUCCCACAGGUGAAGAUCCUGAGAUUUUUCCCUGGGAUUACAGAAGAUUAUGUUCGGUCUGUUCUGGAAGGAGCUGCUGGAGUCAUUGUGGAAACAUAUGGGUCUGGAAAUGUUCCAGAAAGUAAUUGGCUCUUUAAGCUCCUGAUGGAUGCAGAUAAGAGAAAGGUUCUGAUGUUGAACUGUACUCAGGUGUACCGGGGCACUGUCUUACCCAUCUAUGGUUCCUCUGGGUUACUACAACAAUCAAAUGUUAUUCCUGGCUAUGACAUCACUCCUGAAGCAGCAAUUACCAAAAUGGUCUGGGUACUGAAUUCAGAACUCGAUCACCAGAAAAGACGUGAGAUACUGGAACACAGUGUGUAUGGAGAGUCCAGGGCUCCUCCGAUGAAGCUUAUUGUGAAUCCUGAGUGAAGACAGCCACCAAUAUAAAGUCAGCAGGUCUAAGGCUAGAGGAAUAAACCCAAAGCUAGCAUAGAUGUAAAGGGCCAAUGUCAACGUGUAUACAAUUAGUUUUGCGUUAUUAAUGCCGUUAUGUUAUUGCGUAACAAAUGUAUUACAUUUUACAAUGUCCAGUAUUCCAAUAAAUUCCAAUAAAUAAAACAAACUGAAU